AUAGUACGUCAUCAAAGAGCGCCCAACUGGAGUGUUCCGCGUCCUUUUCAAUUCCAAAUUAUAACGUGGAAAUAAAGACUAAAAAUGCCUAUGAAAGGAAGAUUCCCCAUUAGACGAACGCUGGAGUAUCUCCAGAAGGGAGAAGUUGUAUUGAAAAACAGAGUAAAGAUUUUGACAGUAAAUUACAACACACAUGGACAGCUCAGCGAAGGAGCAAGAAAAUUUGUGUUCUUCAAUGUUCCACAAAUUCAGUACAAAAAUCCUUGGGUUCAAAUUAUGAUGUUUAAGAACAUGACACCAUCGCCAUUCCUAAAGUUCUACCUAGAUGAUGGAGAGCAGGUGUUGGUGGAUGUGGAGGGGAAGGACCAUAAACAAAUCACCCAACAUGUCAAGACUAUUCUUGGCAAGACCGAUGAGGUCCUGCAGGCUGAGGCUUUAGCCAGGAAGGAGGCUGCUAACCCAGCCAACUUUGGGCCCAAGAAGUACUGUCUGAAGGAGUGUAUCUGUGAGGUGGAGGGCCAGGUUCCCUGCCCGGGCACCACGCCGCUGCCCAAGGAGAUGACUGGGAAAUACCGUGCACAGAUGGCAGCCGCACAGGACUGAACAGCAAUACUACUAUAUCAAAUAUGUUUCACUGGAAAUACUGUGGAUUUGUUUUUGUACAUUAAAGGAAAUAUUUAGAUUAUGUCAGCGGUUGUAAAUAAGGAUAAUUGAGACUGAUGAAUUAAAUCAAGUGUGUAUGUGUGGAGUUCAUGCAUAAUAUUUGCAACUCACAUCCUGUAAUGUCAAUAAAUGAAAAUGCCACCCUU